UUCGGAGCGUUCGGCCACCGAGAUUGUUCAGCUGUUGAAUCACCUGUUCUCCCGGUUCGACGACAUCUGUCAGGCGACGGGUUGCGAGAAGAUUGGUACUCUUGGUGAUUGUUAUUAUUGCGUGUCUGGUCUGUUGGAGCCACGUCACAAUUCGGCUGCCUGUUGCCUUGACAUGGGCAUUGGCCUGUGCGGAGUGAUGAAGGCCUACCACGAGGUGAUCGCCAGGGAGCAGAAGUCGGGCGAGGAAGAGAUGUCAACGUCUGUCGUUGUGUCCGCAAGAAGGGAGGAGACGAGCCAGCCGGCAGAGGCAGUCAGACGUCAGUCGAAACAACUAAAUGGCCGAUUCACUGGCAGACAGUCUCGAAGUAUUGUCGGACCGUCUGGAUUUGAGAACGAGAGCCAGAUCGACAUUCGUGUCGGUGUGCAUACCGGGCGGGUGAAUGCUGCCAUUCUCGGAAACCAGCGCUUUCGGUUCGACAUCUACUCGAAUGAUGUACUCUUAGCUAAUCUGAUGGAGCAGACAGGCACCCCAGGACGCGGUAGGCAACUAUGCUCUGAAGGCCCAGAAGCCAUUUUACAUUUUAUAAACUAG